UGUAAAGAAACUCAUAAUAAUGAUGAUGAUGAAAGAAAGCAAUAAUAAUAAGAAGGCGUACAUGGCAGUGAUCCUGAUACAAGCCAUAUACGCAGUCAUGUUCCUUCUCUCCAAGGCAGCAUUCGACCAUGGCAUCAACACCUUCAUCUUCGUCUUUUAUAGGCAGGCCCUGGCCACUGUUUUUCUCGCUCCUUUUGCUUUCUUCUUCGAACGCAAAACUGCACCACCUCUCUCAUUUCUCACCGUCUGCAAGAUCUUCUUCCUUUCUCUCUUCGGGAUCACGGGGAGCUUGGACGUAUAUGGUAUUGCGCUUAUAUACACUUCACCCACUUUGGCUUCUGCUACCACUAACUGCCUUCCAGCCAUUACCUUCUUCUUAGCACUCUUACUCAGGAUUGAAAUUCUGAAAGUAAAGACAGCAGCGGGUGUGGCUAAAAUGGUAGGUGUGGUGGCAUGCUUGUGUGGAGCCGCAACACUUGCUUUCUACAAAGGUCCUCAUUUUCAGCUUUUAGGGCACCAUCAAAUACAACCAUCUUCUUCUUCUUCUUCUCCUUCUUCUCCUUCUUCUUGGGUAAAGGGUUGCUUCCUCAUGCUCCUCUCUAACUUCCUUUUUGGGAUUUGGCUUGUGCUACAGGGUUUUGUGGUGAAAGGAUAUCCUUCAAAGCUGCGUCUUACGACUCUUCAGUGUUUGUGUAGCUCAAUUCAGUCUUUCUGCAUUGCAUAUGGCGUAGAGAGAAGCAUUGAGCAAUGGAAACUGAGUUGGAAUGUCUCGCUCGUUGCCGUACUAUACUGUGGAAUAAUGGUGACGGGUGUGACGUAUUACAUACAAACAUGGGUGAUAGAGAAGAAAGGGCCAGUGUUUCUGGCCAUGUCAACGCCACUCGCUUUCAUAAUCACCGUCGUCUCCUCCGCAAUUCUGCUGCACCAGAUCGUAACUUUGGGAAGCAUUUUAGGUGGGUUACUAUUGGUUAUAGGACUAUAUAGCGUUCUGUGGGGUAAGACAAGAGAGGAAAUGCCCAAAGUCACAGACUUGGAGGUUGGAUCGGAGCACCACCCCCCACCGCCGCCGCAAUAAGCUACAGCUACUCCGGCCCAUUUCUUAAUUGAGAUCAUCCUAAAUAUAUAUACUAUAUACUAGGUUUUUAUUUUAUUUAAUUAUAUAUAUUAUUAGACUAUUUGUCAACAUACAGGGAUCGAUUGUAUAGUACUUCAGGAAGGCAAAAUGUAGCUUGAAACUAAAAAAAAAAGAAGUGCCAAAAUUUA